AUGUUUACUGAGCGACAGAGGAAUGAAACUUCCAUCACGGAAUUUAUACUCCUAGGAUUUGGGAAUCUUCAUGGUCUACAGAUCAUCCUCUUUAUGAUAUUCUUGGCUAUAUACAUAAUAACUUUAUCUGGUAACAUCCUCAUUUUGCUUGCUGUGUCAACUAAUCGAGGCCUCCACACUCCCAUGUAUUUUUUUCUAGGAAAUUUCUCCUUCCUUGAAAUCUGGUACACAACUUCUAUUAUACCAAAGAUGCUGAGAACACUCUUAACAAUGCAUGAAGCUAUCUCCUUCUCUGCUUGCGUUGCUCAAUUUUAUUUCUUUGGGUCUAUGGCAGUCAUUGAAUGUUACCUUUUGGCAGUGAUGUCAUAUGACCGUUACUUAGCAAUCUGCAAUCCGCUUCGUUAUACAACUAUCAUGAACAUCAAAAUCUGUUUUCAGAUGGCAGCUGGUUCCUGGAUAAGCGGAUUCCUGACUUCUAUAGCCCCCAUUGUACUCACUUUCAGUUUGCCAUUUUGUGCCUCCAAUGAAAUUGAUCAUUUCUUCUGUGAUUUAGCUCCUGUCACAAAGCUUUCCUGUUCUGACACUUACAUUGCAGAGAUAACAACCUUCAUUUUAGCAUCAAUGGUAACUAUAGGCCCCUUUCUUCUCACAGUAGCUUCUUAUGUCAAUAUUAUUUCUACUAUUCUUAAAAUCCCCUCUGCCCAGGGGAAACAGAAAGCAUUCUCAACAUGUUCUUCUCAUCUCAUUGUAGUGACAUUAUUUUAUGGUACUCUAGGUACCAUUUAUGCAGCCCCUUCAGCCAAACAGUCUCCGGUUCUCAAUAAACUCUUCUCUUUGCUAUACACUGUGAUUACCCCCAUGAUGAACCCCAUGAUUUACAGUCUGAGGAAUAAAGAUGUCAAAGAAGCUCUGAGGAAGCUUAUCUGUAAAAACUCCUAUUGUACCUGUGUCAAUAACACGGUGGAUCAAGAAACAAUGUUUAAGGAAAUACCAAUGGAAGUUGAGAAAAGCUGA